AUGACUCAGCAGACCAUGCGAAUACACAGAGGAGAAAGACCUUAUGAAUGCUGUGAGUGCGGGAAAAGCUUCACUCAGAGAUAUACCCUUAACUCUCAUCAGAGAAUCCACACAGAAGAGCGACCCUACGAAUGCUGCAAGUGCGGGAAAAGCUUCACUCAGAGAUCAGCCCUUAUCUCUCAUCAGACAACGCACACGGGAGAGCGACCCUACGAAUGCUGUGAGUGCGGGAAAACCUUCUCUCGGAGCUCACACCUUACUUUGCAUCAGAGAGUCCACACAGGAGAGAAACCCUAUGAAUGCAGUGAGUGCGGGAAAAGCUUCUCUCGGAGCUCAACCCUUGUCACACAUUACACAGUCCACACUGGAGAGAAACCCUAUGAAUGCAGUGAGUGCGGGAAAAGCUUCACUCAUAGCUCAGCCCUUCUUAAUCAUCAGAGAAUCCACACAAGGGACAGGCCCUACGAAUGCCGUGAGUGUGGGAAAAGCUUCACUCAAAGAUCAGUCCUUUCUAGACAUCAGAGAAUCCACACAGGGGACAGGCCCUAUGAAUGCUGUGAGUGUGGGAAAAGCUUCACUCACAGAUCAGCCCUUUCUGUUCAUCAGAGAAUCCACACAGGGGAGAGGCCCUACGAAUGCCGUGAGUGUGGGAAAACCUUCAAUUGCAGAUCAGACCUUUCUAAACAUCAGAUAAUCCACACAGGGGACAGGCCCUACGAAUGCCGUGAGUGUGGGAAAACCUUCAAUCGCAGAUCAGACCUUUCUAAACAUCAGAGAAUCCACACAGGGGACAGGCCCUAUGAAUGCUGUGAGUGUGGGAAAAACUUCACUAGCAGCUCAGACCUUUCUAAACAUCAGAGAAUCCACACAGGGGGAAGGCCCUAUGAAUGUCGUGAGUGUGGGAAAAGCUUCACUCACAGAUCAGCCCUUUCUAGACAUCGGAGAAUCCACACAGGGGACAGGCCCUACAAAUGCCGUGAGUGUGGGAAAACCUUCACUCAAAGAUCAACCCUUUCUGUUCAUCAGAGAAUUCACACAGGGGAGAGGCCCUAUGAAUGCCGUGAGUGUGGGAAAACCUUCACUCGCAGAUCAGCCCUUUUUACCCAUCAGAGAAUCCACACAGGGGAGAGGCUCUAUGAAUGCCGUGAGUGUGGGAAAAGCUUCACUCACAGAUCAAACCUUUCUAGACAUCAGAGGAGCCACACAGGGGACAGGCCCUAUGAAUGCCAUGAGUGUGGGAAAAACUUCACUAACAGCUCACACCUUUCUAGACAUCAGAGAAUCCACACAGGGGACAGGCCCUAUGAAUGCCGUGAUUGUGGGAAAUGCUUCACUAGCAGCUCAAACCUUUCUAAACAUCAGAGAAUCCACACAGGGGAGAGGCCCUUUGAAUGCCGUGAGUGUGGGAAAACCUUCACUAGCAGCUCAGACCUCUCUAAACAUCAGAGAAUCCACACAGGGGAGAGGCCCUACGAAUGCCGUGAGUGUGGGAAAUGCUUCACUAGCAGCUCAAACCUUUCUCAACAUCAGAGAAUCCACAGAGGGGAGAGGCCCUAUGAAUGCCGUGAGUGUGGGAAAUGCUUCACUAACAGCUCAAACCUUUCUCAACAUCAGAGAAUCCACACAGGGGAGAGGCUCUAUGAAUGCAAUGAGUGUGGGAAAAGCUUCACUCAAAGAUCAGACCUUUCUAAACAUCAGAGAAUCCACACAGGGGAGAGGCCCUUUGAAUGCCAUGAGUGUGGGAAAUGCUUCACUAGCAGCUCAGCCCUUUCUAGACAUCAGAGAAUCCACACAGGGGACAGGCCCUAUGAAUGCACUGAGUGUGGGAAAACCUUCAAUCGCAGUUGUCACCUUGUCACUCAUCAGAGAAUGCACAGAGGAGAGAGACCCUACAUGUGCUCCGAGUGCAGGAAAAGCUUCAGUCAGAGCUCUACCCUUAUCACACACUGGAGAACCCACACUGGAGAGAAACCCUACAUGUGCUCUGAGUGCGGGAAAUGUUUCAAUCAAAGCUCUGCCCUUGUCACACAUCGAAGAAUCCACACAGGUGAGAAACCUUAUGGAUGUUCUGAGUGUGGGAAAUACUUCCUUGAUAGUUCAACCCUCAUCUCACAUCAGCGAAUUCACACAAGAGAGAGACCCUACACGUGCUCUGAGUGCGGGAAAAGCUUCACUGAUAGUUCAGCCCUCAUAUCACAUCAGAGAAUC